CAGACGGUGCGCCACCACCCGCGACCUUGACCCCGCCGCGCCCCCCGUCGCCAUCGCCCCAUCAGCGCCUGCAGCUUUCGCAGGCCACCGUCACACCACCACGGACACAGCGACCGUCGCGGCCGCACCGCAUCGCACGGCAGGACUGGUGGGAUGGAAUAAUGGUACCAUACCGGUGGCGGCACAGGGUGUCCCAUCGCGGGUUUAGAACGGCGCGCACGGGCGCGGGCAGGAGGGACCGCCGGUACGCGUCUCGCGCGGGGCAAAGGAAGAUGAGGGGCUCGGGCGCGCGCAGGCCGCGGUCGGAUGCGGGCACGACCUCACGGGUGGCCUCCGCCUGGGCCGCGCCAUGCCGGCGGGGCGGCUGGUGGAGAUCGACGGGGCGCCGGCGCGGGAGCUGUUUCUGCCGGGCGGGGGCCGUCGUGGUGGACGUGCCGGUGGGGAUCGUCGCCGACGAGGGCGAGCGCACGCGGUUCCGCUCUGACGUCCUCUCCUUCGUCCAGAUGGCGGAGCAGGUGAACCAGUCGCUGUCGUUGGCGGGUAAGAUCCCGUCGGGCGCGUUCAACGCCAUGUUCGACUACCGCGGGUGCUGGCACAGGGACGCCGCGGCCACACGGAGCCUCUGCUUCGACGGCCGCUUCGUCGAGCUCUACAGCGUCGAGGCCGUGCGCGCGCAGCUCGCCCUGCAGGACCGCGUCAAGCAGGACGUGCCGCCCAUUGGAGGGAACGACGUGGUGUGCGUCAAGCAGCUCAAGGGCUCCAAUCUGACGCAGAGCGACGUGCAGGCCCGGCUGAAGAAGCUGGCUGAUGACAAGUUCUCUCAAGAUUGCACCGGAAACUCCACCGCGGGGGAUGACGAGUUCUCGCAGGGGAUAAAUGGAAACUUUGGUCCCGGUUCAGCUGCUUGGCACUCUUUCAGAUCGCCAGUUGUUUCUUACAAGGAUCACAUCGUCAGUAUUCACAUCAGAAGAGGGGGUGCCGACAAUGGUCAAGGCCACAGCAAAUGGCUCUCGACGAUCACUAGUUUCCCGGAUGUCAUCUCCAUGGCGUUCGUGCCUAUAACUGCUACUAACUGAAGGGGUUAAUUUUGGACUGUUUGCUGCAGUGGUAUAGACCAAGCGCUUCAAGUACUCUUCAGCAUGACCAUCCAGUUUCAUUUGGUCUUCUUGCCGAUCAACACCUCAUAUGCUCCCAAAGGCAUGUAAAGCAGCCUGAAGAUACAUCAUGUCUCAUGAGACGAACAGUUUAUGACUGCCUUACCAACAGCAACAAGAGAAGUAAUACAAGAAGAAAUUAAGCAGACAAACUUACCCUGUCGAUCAAAAGAUGAUUCUACCACAUAUCUGGCAACAUUUGAUGAUGUGAGCAACAAAUGUGCGCCUUGAGUUGCUAUUUCACCAAUUAAGUCAAACAAACAGUAACAUUAUGCCUAAAUAAUGAGAUAAAGUGUUCCAUAUUAUCAAGUAAUACCAAGUGGAAGCAUAACUUACUUGUACCAAUUAGACCCAAGGUCUCCAAUGCGCUCACGAUUUCUUCAGGAUUAUGGCUUUCUUCCAUCUUCAAUAUUUUAUCAAUGGCCAGA